UCAGAGGAGAGCGAGCGAAACACGACACCCCGAGGACGGAGAGACGCACGGGGGGAGGAGAGAGUAGCACUGAAUGGUGUUAGAGAGAGUGGAGGACUUACAAAAAAGUCUGUAAAGAAAGAGAGUUCGCUCUCCAACGUUCAUUUCUGUCAAAGAACAAAGCGAGAUGUCAAACAGCGACGAAGAUGCGGUUGAGACGGAGUAAACAGCUACCGGACAGUUAGCGAAAGAACUUGUUAAAAGAGAGAGAGAGAGAGAGAGCCUUUACGGCUGGCUCGAGUCGUUUUCCGCCGCAACUUGGGCAGAUUUGAACGCUGCCAGUUACGGGACGAGAAGCGAGGACCAACAGCGAGGUCUUGACCGCUGAAAGGCACGCCAUUCGGUCGGUUGGCCGAGAUCCGCUGAAGCAGCAGCAGCUACAAAAGUUUGCCGUAUAUUCACCCAGUUUUCCAGAUUGGGAACUAGAGGGGGGAGGAAGAGGCCGAGAGACGGGCUUUUCUUUCCACAAGCAACUUUGUGGAAUUCAUCCUGUUGAGCAAACUUUAACCGCUUGCUGUCUAGCUAAGUAGCUAAAGCAGAAGAAAAAAAAUGAAAACACCUGGAGAUAAUGGGAUCGCCUUCCCAGAAUGGGCCUACAAGCCUGAGUCGAGCCCCGGGUCCAGGCAGAUCCAGUUGUGGCACUUCAUCCUGGAGCUGCUCAGGAAAGAAGAGUAUCAUGAUGUCAUCGCCUGGCAGGGAGACUACGGCGAGUUUGUCAUCAAGGACCCGGAUGAAGUGGCCCGGCUGUGGGGAGCCAGGAAGUGUAAACCCCAAAUGAACUAUGAUAAGCUGAGCAGGGCACUCAGAUAUUACUACAACAAGAGGAUCCUCCAUAAGACCAAAGGGAAGAGGUUCACCUAUAAGUUCAACUUCAAUAAACUGGUUUUGGUCAACUACCCCUUUAUCGACAUGGGCUCCACUGGAAGCAGCGUUCCUCAGAGUGCCCCUCCUGUCCCCUCCGGUGCAGGGACUCACUUCCGCUUUCCUCCCUCGACGCCCUCCGAAGUCCUCUCCCCGAACGAGGAUCUGCGCAGCCCCGGUGGCAUGUUCAGCUCUGUGGCCCGACGAAUGGCACGAGGCUCCGUCAGCGAUUGCAGCGACGGCACCUCUGUCAAUUCUGAGAUUGAGGAAGGCAACACUGGAGCGGGGGAGGAGAGGGGAGAGAGGGGUGUGAGUGGAGGAGGAGGAUCUGGUGGUGGAGGAGGAGGUUACCGGAGUAUCAUCCAUCCCCGUCUGUCUCAUGAAGCCCUGUUCCGCAUGUAUGGAGGACCGGGUAACCCUGCAGGGCACCCAGGCUCCCGUGGUCACACAGGGCACCGGAUCCACCCAGAUUCCCUGUCGCCCUUCCCCGUGUCCCCUCUGCCAGGGCCAGGAGGAGCUGGCCUCCUAGCCCCUCCUCUGUCCCCAGCGCUCUCCAUGACCCCGACAUCUCACCUCCCCUACACCCCCUCUCCCACCCUGUCACCCAUGUUAGGCUCCCACUUCUCCUUUAACCCAGAGGACAUGAAGCGCUACCUGCAGGCCCACACCCAGUCGGUGUACAACUACGGCCUCAGCCCCAGAGCUUUCCUCCAUUACCCCAACAUCGUCAUCCCUCAGCCCCACCGGCCCGCCGCAGACAAGGCUGGUCUGAGCGGAGAGAGAGGAGCUGCCGAGAGAGCAGAAAGAGCAGCGACUGCAGGGGGAGGAGAGAGGGGAGGAGAACGGCACCACCAUCCACCUCUGGCUCACUCUGCCCACCACCACCCGCAUCCACCUCAUUCUGCCCAUCCUCACACCCAUUCUCAUCCCAUGCAUCACCCACUCCACCUGGGUGAGGAGCCUCCACACAUGUCUCCCUUCAAGUUCAAGCUGCAGCCACCGCCACUGGGUAGGAAGCACAGGGAGAGUCAAAGCCAGAGUAAACCCAGGCAGAGCUCACUGUCCUCAGGAUCUGGGUCCAUGUCGUCUACCUCUGGCCUGGGUUCCUCGCUGUCAUUCGGCAGCGACCUGAGCUCAGCCAGCGGCUCAGGCCUCAUCUCUGCCUCCUCCUCAACGCAGUCUCUAAACAGUGCAGGACUUCCCAAGAUAAAGGUGGAGCCCAUCUCUGAUAUCGAGUCAGAGGAAGAGGUGGAGGUGACCGACAUUAGUGACGAGGACCCAGAUGAGAGGGAUGAGGAGUUUGAACUCUUCUCCCCUCGCCACUCCAGAGCCCCUGACCACCACCGCCAACACCACCAACACCUUGCUAACGGCACAGCCGCGCCCCAACAUCACCCCCAUCCUGAUGAGGACCUGGACGAGGAUGUCUUCAAAGCCCCUGCUCCGCCUCCACCUGGCCUGAUGCCCUUCUUCACCUCGCAGCACACACACUCCAGUCCACUCCAUCGAAUGCUGCCCACUCUUAAGAGUGAACCCACCGAACCAGGGGACAGUAACACACCCCCACCUCAGACGGGCUCGGCGGGAGCGUCACAGACAAAGUGCAUCCCCCUUAAGCUGCGCUUCAAGAGGCGCUGGAGCGAAGACCAGCGCAUGGAGGCCUCACAGGAGGAGUCAGACGACAAGAAAGUGCGGCCAGAGGAGGAGAGGGAAAGAGGAAGGCAAAGUAAUGGACGGAUGGAGAUGGAGGAGGAUGGGACAGGCAGUGGAGAAGGGGACAGUCCUCCCCCGUUGGCAUACGAGGGCUCUUUAGCCACACCGUUGGCCUCACAGCGUAGGGUGAGCGCUGAGCUGCAUCGCGCCACUGCACAGCUGUCUCUGGAGAACAAAGACUGCUGAUGAGAGACAAAGCCCAAACACUACUGCUCCAGUAGCACUGGAGGUGGCACAGGAGUAUGUAAAUGGUUCCUCUGUGAUCCCUCUCCCACACUGACAAACUAGAUUCCUGAAACCUCCAGUGAACUGAGAGCACAGUCCAAUAAACACAUAGAAAACCGACAUCUCAAAGACAGCCUGACUCUUGUUCUGUCAGACGCCCCACCAAUCCUGGAUCAAGGCUCUUCUGGGACACAUCCUUUGGGAGGUUGGACUCACUCAGACUCAUCCCAGGCAAAGUGACUGUAAUAGUGCUGAAAUCAGAAGGAGGCUCCAUCAUGAACUUGGCUUCAAGUUCACCUCCCACCUGGCCAGUGAAGCUACAGAUGCCCUGCCCCAGUAGCACAGCUCCUGCCUUUAGGCCCCAUCAAUAGGAUCAGCAGCCACUCAGCACUUUCCUGAGGGGACACACACCCCCUAAAAACCCAGCAACACACCUAGGAUGAGGAUGUGCACACUCUCUUAUGUUUUAUUUUCCUAUAAGCUGACGGGACUUUGAUAAGUGCCUGUAUCUAAAAACCCACAGCCCUGGUGUGACAUGGAAGAGAGCAAAGAAAGGAGAGGACUGCUACGAGUAAUCCAUCUUUAACUCAUGAAACCCUUGUAAAGUUUGGUAGAUAUUGAAAAAUCACGGGGGAAAAAAGGAAAGUGUGUCUCUGAGCAUGAAUAGUGGGGCUGUUGGGUGUUGUCUAACUGACUCUUAAACCUGGCCCACUCCACUCAGGGAAGCCUAUUGCUGUAUGUUUAUUGGAUUCAUGCACACAAACACACACAAGCAAAACAAACAACAACAAAAAAACCCAGCCAACAGUGAAGGGGACUCACAGUGAAAGCAUUGCUUAUGGACACUUAACAAUGUUCACUGUGACGCAAGACACAUUCACAUUUACACAUCCACAGACUUUGACUCUGGCACACUGUUCUCUCAGAGCUUUUGACUUUUAUAUAACCUUCUUUCUGUCUCUCCUGUCCUGCCCCUCUUUCUCUUGCGGACCACCUGUGGAAAGAUCAUGACUCCACUCACAGAAAUAAUUUCAACCCCAGGGAGAUGUGAGGAGAGGAAAAGAGAAGAAUGAAGAAGUACUUCAGCGUAGAGAAAGGACUGCUGAGGGGACCACAAGGGGAAGGCAGCAGGGGGAGGAAGGAUUUGAGGGGUUCAAGUAACUGUUAACUAGCCCUCUCACUUCACCUAACAUGGCUUGUACACUGAAAAUAGUUUCUCUUUAGGUCCCAGCAGCACAGAAUCCUCGUUCACCAGCUGAAGCUCCUCUAACAAUCAUAGAUAGUGUUAAACUAAACCAGCAAAAACACACACACACACACACACACACACACACACACACACACACACACACACACAAUGCCUCUCUAUGCCUUGUUUUUAUAGCAUGUACAAAAGUGCAAACUGAGCUCUAAUAACACACACACAUACAGACUAUAUCUUUAUAUAUUCUAAAUGAAAUUAUUAAGAAAGUGAGAUUUUAAGAAGAACGAAAGCAUUUUAAUGAUAUGAUUGAUUCACAAUUUUUUUGUAAGUGAAUUAUUUUGAAUGGUAAGACAUGUCAUGCCACUCACUGGGUAAUAUGGUAUGGAGAUGGGGU